AUGGCAAGCCAGAAAAAGGCGCACGAUGAACGCUGGUUGACCGCCAGACACUUCCCAGGCGUACGCGAAUUUGUUAGAAAGUACGAGCUUGCCAACCAAGUCAACAAUUGGGAUAGGGCUGUGGACAACGUCACAUUGAAGAUUGACAACAUGGCACGCCAGAGAGGGCAGCUUGGAGUAGUGGCUGAGCUGCGGAAGGAGGAGCUGCGCCAAGUCUUCCCUAUCAUCCAGAGAUUGCAGUGGACAAAGUGGUCUAGCAUGGGGAUCUUUUGCCACUGCGUCAUUCGCGAAUAUCCCCUCCAGAAUGCCCUCGCCAAUGUUGCACGGCCCACAAAGUUCCACCGGACUUUGCUGCACAUCUUCAGUGUGAUUGCCAGUCUACUGGGAGCCUGCAUCAUCGUCACCUUUCCGGCUCCCGUGGACGAAGAAGUGGAAGCAACCAAUACAGCCACCUGGGACCUGUUCAUGCAAGCGCUGACGAUGCCGAUCACCGGCAACACGAUUCUCUGCGCUUGCAUUGGCAGUCUCUUCCAUGCGAUUGUCAAGCCGGCUAUCCUCAGGUUGUUCUACCGCUAUGCCAUCCCUUACAACACUCGUCCGACGACCUCCGUGGAAGCGAGGAGGUUUCAGCUCAGAUACUGGCACGAGUUAGCAGAGAUGGGGAAGUGGACUUGCAUUAUCGGCAGCAUCUUGGGUUUUGGCGCGGUCGUGUCCAUGUGCAUGCUCACACCGCAGCCACGAGCCGCUGCUGCUUUCCAGGCCUUCUGGUUCAGCCUGCGUGGGGCUCGGAGCAAUCAUGAGAAGACUCGUGAUAGUUUUCAUAUUAAGUAG